UGCAACUGAAAGCUUUCAGUUUCAGCGUUCACCUCAAUCUCUGCCCGGAAGCUAUGCAUCUCUUCGUAGAUGCAACCAAGAAUCACUACCAUCACCAUCAAAGCUCUCCACAAUCACAUGCUCCAAUUCCUCUCCACCUUCCACUCUCACAGGCCUCACAUCAAACAGGUUCGUUCUCUCUUCUCACUCUUCUUCACCAACCACCACUUCUCCACCACCACCACCGCCGCCACUUCUCUCACUGACCCACCUUCACAAUCAUCACCAACAACCCAAAAUAACAAUACCCACUUAGAUUUUUCUUCUAUAAACUUCACUGGCUUUGCACAGUCUGUCAUUCUCAAGUGUUCCCAUUUGUUGGAUAAGAACAAAGGCAACGACUUUUCUCAUGCCUCUCUGAAGGACCUCCUUUUAGAUUUAUCUGAUAUAGUACCCGAUACUGCUCGUAGAUUUUUGAGGGUCUCGGUGUUGAAACCCGAAAAUGUGCUUGAAAUAUUACUGGGUUUUCAGUAUGAGAGUGGGAAAGUUGGGAUUAAAGCUAGAAAGGUUGAGUCUUUGUGGGAAAUUUUCAAGUGGGCUAAUGAACAGGAUAAUGGUUUUAAGCAUCUCCCUCGGUCGUGUGAAGUCAUGGCCUUGUUGCUUGUCCAUGUGGGGAUGCUUAGGGAAGCUGAAUUCUUGCUUUGUAAAAUUGAAAGUCAAGGAAUUUCACUGGAUGGUCAUGAAAUUUUCGGUAAUUUGAUUGAAGCUUAUGUUGGUGAUGGUGAAUUAGAGAGAGCUAUUAUUGUGUAUGAUCGAAUGAGGGGGCAAGGUUUAGUGCCAUCCAUGAUGUGUCGUUGUGUUCUUCUUAAUCUUUUGGUUCGAAAGAAGAAAAUUCAAUUGGCGUAUCGAGUUUGUUGGGAUAUGUUGGAGAAUAAUGUUAAUUUGAGUGAUGAAGAGAAAGCUGGUUUUGAGAAUGUCAUUAGACUACUUUGUAGGGAUGGAAAGAUUCAAGAAGGAAGAAAUCUUGUCAAGAGGGCUGUGGUUUCUGGUUUGGAGCCUAGUAGCCUAGUUAUUAAUGAAAUUGCUCGUGGGUACUGUGAGAAGAAGGACUUUGAUGAUCUGCUGAGUUUCUUUGCUGAGAUGAAGUGUGCCCCAACUGUUAUUGCUGGUAAUAAGGUUAUACAUUGUGUAUGUAGCAAUUCUGGCACAGAAAGUGCGGACUUGUUUUUGCAAGAAUUGGAAGAUUUGGGUUUCAAUCCUGAUGAAAUAACCUUUGGGAUUUUGAUUGGUUGGAGUUGUCGUGAAGGGAAACUGAAAAAUGCCUUCGUCUAUAUGUCAGAAAUGUUGACUAAAUCCCUGAAACCUAAUAUAUGUUCCUAUAAUGCUCUUGUCAGUGGGGUUUUUAAGGAAGGCAUGUGGAAGCAUGCCCAGGACAUCCUUGAUGAAAUGGUGGAUCAGGGGACACCACCUAAUGCAUCAACUUUCAGAAUACUAUUAGCAGGAUUUUGUGAAGGUAGACAAUUUGAUGAAGUUAAAAAGAUAGUUUGCAAGAUGGCUAGCCAUGGUUUUACUCAGCUCUUUUCAUUGGAGGAUCCACUUUCCAAAGCAUUUAUGGUCUUGGGGUUCAAUCCAUCAACUGUGAGGUUGAAAAGGGACAAUGAUGCAGGAUUUUCUAAAACAGAGUUUCUCGAUAAUCUUGGGAAUGGUCUCUACUUAGAUACUGACCUGGAUGAGUAUGAUAAAACAGUCGCCAGGGUUCUUGAAGAUUCCAUGAUACCUGAUUUUAACUCACUAGUAAUGAAGCAAUGCAGUCAUGGAAAUUUUAGAGCUGCAUUGGAACUGGUAAAUGAAAUGAUUCGAUGGGGACAAGAAAUAUCUUUGCCUGUUUUCUCAGUGUUAGUUAAUGGGCUUUGUUCAUCCCGUUCCCAUAUCAAGACAGUCACUAAGCUGUUGAAGAAAAUGCCAGAGUUGGCUAAUCAGCUUGACCAAGAAACUCUCAAUUUGCUUGUCCAAGCAUACAGUAAGAAAGGAUUGACAAACGGUGGGAGGCUAAUAUUGGACGGGAUGCACCAACGGCAUUUAAAUGUGAAGAAUGAGGCCUACACUGCUCUAAUAAUGAGUUUAUGUAAGAAAGGGAAUUUGAAGGACCUUCAUAGUUGCUGGGAAAUUGCUCAAAGAAACAAAUGGUUACCAGGAUUGGAAGAUUGUAAAGCUCUUGUGGGGUGUCUUUGCCAGCGAGAAAUGCUUGUGGAAGCAUUACAGCUUCUUGAAUGUAUGCUAGUUUAUAACCAUCACUUAGGGUUUGAUAUUUUCUCUGCAUUCCUUGAAACACUUUGUGUUAGAGGUUUUACAGGAGUUGCACAUUUAUUGUUGGAUGAAAUUCUAAAGUAUGGUUGCAUCUUGGAUCACACAGCUUUUAGCCAUGUUGUAAGAGGGUUGUGUAAGGAGAAAAAGUUUUCAGUGGCCUUUAUGAUAUUGGACAAUAUGCUGGGUGAAAAUUUGGCUCCAUCUUGGGAUAUUUCUGUUUUAUUAAUUCCUGAGCUGUGCAGGGCUGGCAGAUAUGAGAAAGCCAUUGCCUUAAAAGAGAUUGGUUUAAGAAAGCAAUCUUCAUAUUCAUUUCCUUUACAUUGUGCGCUAAUGAAAGGGUUUUGUAUGACAGGCAACAUUCAAGAAGUAUCCUCUCUAUUCCAGGAUAUGUUUUUGAAGGGGCUACUUCCAGAUGCAGAAAUUUAUAACAUGCUGGUACAAGGGCAUUGUCAUGUGAAAAACAUGAGGAAAGUUGAGGAGCUACUUGGUAUUAUUAUAAGAAAAAAUUUAGGCCUCUCAAUCUCAAGUUACCGGAAUAUAGUGCGCUUGAUGUUUUUGGAGGGUAGGGUCCUUCAUGCAUUGAGUCUGAAGGAGCUUAUGCUUGGGCAUAGCAAGUCAAAUGACCUCAUCAUCUACAAUAUUUUGAUAUUCUCUCUUUUUGCAACAGGGAAUGGUUCACUUGUAAAUAAAAUAUUAGAUGAAUUGCAAGAGAAGAAACUGCAAGCCAAUGAAGUCACUUAUAAUUUUCUUGUGUAUGGAUUUUCUCAGUGUAAAGAUGUAUCGAGUACUGUGCACUGGCUGUCUAUGAUGAUUUCUAACGAAAUUAGGCCUAGUAAAUGGAGCUUGAGAGCAGUAAUUAGCAGCUUGUGUAAUGUUGGUGAGCUCGGAAAAGCCUUGCAGUUGAGUCAAGAAAUGGAAUCAAGAGGUUGGGUUCAUGGUUCAAGCAUCCAAAAUGCAAUUGUUGGGGGCCUUCUUUCCCAUGGUAAGCUUCAAGAAGCAGAAGAUCUGUUGGACAGGAUGGUAGAGAAAUGCCUAAUUCCUGACAAUAUCAAUUUUGACAAUCUAAUUAAGUGCUUUUGUCGGUAUGGGAGACUGAACAAAGCUGUUGAUCUUAUGAACACAAUGCUGAAGAAAGGAAAUGUUCCGAAUUCUACUAGUUAUGAUUCAGUAAUUCAAGGUUUUUGUACCCAAAAUACAUUGGAUGAAGCUAUGGAUUUUUAUACUGAAAUGUUGUGUAGGAAUCUUCAGCAGAGCAUUAACACUUCGGGCAUGCUCAUCCAUGCCUUCUGCCAAAAUGGUCGAACUGCAGAAGCUGAAGAUUUUCUAAUUUCUAUGCUUCAGGUUGGUGAAAGUCCAACAAGGGAGAUGUACUCCGCUGUAAUUAAUAGGUAUCGCUUAGAAGACAAUCUCAAGAAGGCAUCGGAGCUCAUGCAAGUGAUGCAACGAAGGGGUUAUGAACCAGACUUUGAGACACACUGGUCUCUUAUAAGCAAUUUAAGCAAUUUCAGUGACAAGGACAAUUGUGGCAGCAACCAGGGCUUUCUGUCAAGGCUUCUUGCUGUAAGUGGAUUUGCUGGGAAAGGGGGUUCCAACACCAAGGGGUAAUUCAGCAGACAUGAAACUGGGAUUUUUAGUGCUAUUCAUUUAUUUUUUAUGUUGUAAGUUGGUUGUCUAAAUUUUAAGAUUGCAUUCAGUGGUGCUGAUUCUCGGAUGUUUUCUGAGGCUAUUGCAAAGUAGGUGAUCAAGUUCGCCAGUCUUAAUUGAAAGCUUUAACUUAUAUUCAGACGUGAAUUUUCAUUUUUCCACUCCAUGUUAUGGCAAGAAUGAUCGGUUAUCAUGUCAAUUGGCUGAGUUUUUUCUGAGGUGGUCAGCUUUGGUGAGACCCCAAAAUCUGGACUCAUAAAAUAGUGCAGUAUAGUUUUGAAGCCUUCCUACAGCCAGUUGGCAUGGAACAGUGUAUUAUACUAAUUUUUUUAACAAAGACGGAAUUCUUCA